AUGAUCCGAAUCUUUCCGGAAUUUCAGCGUGCAAGCGCCGCGGCCAACGGCACCCCGCAGAACGUCCAGGGCAUCACCUCCUACCAGCAGCGAAUAACUGCCCAGCAUCCUCUGCCCAACCAAUCUGAAUGUAGGAAAAUCUACAGAUAUGACGGAAUCUACUGUGAAUCUACCUACCAGAAUUUACAAGCAUUGAGAAAGGAGAAAUCCCGAGACGCUGCACGCUCCCGCCGGGGAAAAGAAAAUUUUGAGUUCUAUGAAUUGGCCAAGUUAUUGCCUCUUCCUGCAGCCAUCACGAGCCAGCUGGACAAGGCGUCCAUCAUUCGACUUACAAUUAGCUAUCUGAAAAUGAGGGACUUUGCUAACCAGGGGGACCCUCCAUGGAACUUGCGAAUGGAAGGCCCACCCCCAAACACAUCUGUAAAAGGGAUACAAAUGUGGAAAUCUGAACUCUGCAUGAGAAAGACACCGUGUGAAGUUAUAGGUGCACAACGAAGGAGAAGCCCCAGUGCACUGGCCAUUGAAGUAUUUGAAGCACAUUUGGGAAGUCACAUUUUGCAGUCCCUGGAUGGCUUUGUGUUUGCACUAAAUCAAGAAGGAAAAUUUUUGUACAUUUCUGAAACAGUCUCAAUCUACCUAGGCCUCUCACAAGUGGAGCUGACAGGCAGCAGCGUCUUUGACUAUGUCCACCCCGGGGACCACGUGGAGAUGGCAGAGCAGCUGGGCAUGAAGCUCCCACCUGGGCGGGGUCUCCUCUCCCAGGGUACCACUGAGGACGGAGCCAGCUCAGCAUCUUCCUCCUCCCAGUCAGAGACCCCCGAGCCAGUGGAGUCAACCAGUCCCAGUCUGCUAACCACUGACAACACCCUUGAGCGUUCCUUUUUCAUCCGAAUGAAAUCUACUCUGACCAAACGCGGCGUGCACAUCAAAUCAUCAGGAUAUAAGGUGAUCCACAUAACAGGUCGGCUACGGCUGCGGGUGUCGCUGUCCCACGGGAGGACCAUCCCCAGCCAGAUCAUGGGUCUUGUGGUCGUGGCGCAUGCCUUGCCUCCCCCUACAAUCAAUGAAGUCAGAAUCGACUGCCAUAUGUUCGUCACUCGAGUAAAUAUGGACCUCAAUAUCAUUUACUGUGAAAAUAGGAUCAGUGAUUACAUGGAUCUGACCCCUGUAGAUAUUGUGGGGAAGAGAUGCUACCACUUCAUCCACGCGGAGGACGUGGAGGGCAUCCGGCACAGUCACUUGGACUUGCUGAAUAAGGGCCAGUGUGUGACGAAGUACUACCGCUGGAUGCAGAAGAACGGAGGCUACAUCUGGAUACAGUCUAGUGCCACCAUAGCUAUUAAUGCCAAGAAUGCAAAUGAGAAGAACAUCAUCUGGGUGAAUUACCUUCUUAGUAACCCCGAGUACAAGGACACCCCGAUGGACAUCGCGCAGCUCCCCCAUCUGCCAGAGAAAACUUCGGAAUCCUCGGAGACAUCGGACUCUGAGUCAGACUCUAAAGACACCUCAGGUAUUACAGAGGACAAUGAGAACUCCAAGUCCGAUGAGAAGGGGAACCAGUCUGAGAACAGCGAAGACCCGGAGCCCGACCGGAAAAAGUCGGGCAGCACGUGCGACCAGGACAUGAACUGCAAUGACCAAGGCCACAGCUCCAGCAAUCCGGACAGUCCCGACAGCGACGACAGCUUCGAGCACUCGGAGUCCCUCACGUCGGACAGCGCUAAGGACUCGGACAGCGCGGGCGAGGCGGGCGCGCAGGCCUCCAGCAAACACCAGAAGCGCAAGAAGAGGCGGAGACGGCAGAAGGGCGGCAGCGCCAGCCGAGCGCUGUCCAGCGCGUCGAGCCCCGGCCUGGACGCGGGCCUGGUGGAGCCCCCGCGCCUGCUGUCCUCCCCCAACAGUGCUCGGUGCUCAAGAUCAAGACGGGAGAUCUCCGAACCCAACUUCGACAACGACAGCAGCAUCUGGGACUACCCGCCCAACAGGGAGAUCUCCAGAAACGAGUCCCCCUACAGCAUGACAAGGCCCCCCAACUCCGAGCACUUCCCAUCCCCGCAGGUCAAGCGCGGGGGCGGCGGCAGCGGGGGCGGUGGGGGCCUGCACGUGGCCAUCCCCGACUCGGUCCUCACCCGCCGGGCGCAGACAGCGCAGCCACCCCGCAAGACUCAGUUUGGCGCCUCGGCCACCUCGGCCUUGGCCCCCGUCACCUCCGACCCCCUGUCCCCCCCGCUGUCAGCAUCCCCGCGGGACAAGCACCCGGGGGGCAGCGGCGGCGGCGGCAGCAGCGGGGGUGGCCCCAGCGCGUCCAACUCCUUGCUGUACACGGGGGACCUGGAGGCGCUGCAGAGGUUGCAGGCGGGCAACGUCGUGCUCCCGCUGGUGCACAGGGUGACCGGGACCCUGGCGGCCACCAGCACGGCCGCGCAGAGGGUCUACACGACGGGCACCAUCCGCUACGCGCCCGCCGAGGUGACCCUGGCCAUGCAGGGCAACCUGCUGCCCAACGCGCACGCUGUUAACUUCGUGGACGUUAACAGCCCGGGCUUCGGCCUCGACCCCAAGACGCCCAUGGAGAUGCUCUACCACCACGUGCACCGGCUCAACAUGUCCGGACCGUUCGGCGGCGCCGUGAGCGCGGCCAGCCUGACGCAGAUGCCCGCGGGCAACGUGUUCACCACGGCCGAGGGGCUCUUCUCCACGCUGCCCUUCCCCGUCUACAGCAACGGCAUCCACGCCGCACAGACUCUGGAGCGCAAGGACGACUGAGGCGCCCCCGUGCGGGCGCUCGGCGUGGAGGCAUCGCGGGCGUUUUCGUUUAGACCUUUAUUCUAGCACUUUGAAUUUGAGCAGGUCAGCGUCACCUCUCCACACGACGGUCCCCACCCCGGCCCCCCUUUCUUUAACUUGACUUAUUCUUUCCUGUAAAGAUAUGUUUAUUUUUGGCCUUCAGAGGGUCCGAGGACCAGUUGCCUGCCGUUUUGUCUUCUUCUAAGAUGUGUGUUGGGUUGUUUUGCUUUCCUUUGCAUCUUUAUUAAGAUGUCUUUAAUGCGUAUAUGCCUCUGCCAUAGAAUACUCAGUCUUGUGGUCAAGAGAUUUCUCCAGUGACAACCAUUGGGUUUUCUUCAUCGAGAUCUUGAUAUGAUCAAGAUUGAAAGAGACACGCAUAAACAAUGUGCCCUGUUUGACUAAGUCAAAUGAAAUGGGGUGGUUUUUGGUUUUGUUCCUAAU